AUGUCCUUUCGUUAUUUUCGUCCGUCCCUGGUGUGAUGAGUUACCGGGUGAAGUGGGACUAAAGCCUCGCUGUUUCAGCCACAGCUCGACCCCGGCCCGGCCUGCGUGUUUCCCCCCGGAGUGACCGACACACAGCGGUGCCAGCGGCGGCGGGAUGCGCGCGCAGCUGCUGCAGGGCAGCCCGGCGGCCGCCGUGGCCGCCCGGAGGAUGCGCAGCCUGCUGGGCUGCGUGCUGGGCAGGGACGGCUGGAUGUGGAGGAGUCACGAGGUCAGGAUGGUGUCCACGGCCACAGGUGACACUGUGACAAUCGGGGAGAUAUCCUACAAACUCAAAACGCCUCAGAAUCCAGAACUGGUUCCUGUCAAACACAUUUCAGACUCGCUACCGCAGACUGUUGCUCAGCACCUCCGAUGGAUCAUGCAGAAAGACCUUUUGGGCCAAGACGUGUUCCUCAUCGGACCCCCGGGACCCCUGAGGCGAUCAAUAGCCAUGCAGUACCUUGAGUUGACAAAACGGGAGGUGGAGUACGUUGCUCUGUCCAGGGACACCACAGAGACGGACCUGAAGCAGAGGAGGGAGAUCCGGUCGGGGACGGCCUUCUACAUAGACCAGUGUGCUGUUAGGGCAGCCACACAAGGUCGAGUCCUGGUUCUGGAAGGAUUGGAGAAAGCGGAGCGCAAUGUUUUACCUGUCCUCAACAACCUGCUGGAGAACAGAGAGAUGCAGCUGGAGGACGGACGCUUCCUGAUGUCCGCCGAGCGUUACGACAAGCUGCUGCAGGAUCACACCAAAGAGGAGCUGGACAGCUGGAAGAUUGUCCGCGUGAGCGAAGACUUUCGGGUCAUUGCUCUUGGUCUUCCUGUUCCCAAAUACAAGGGCAACCCGUUGGAUCCUCCUCUUCGUUCUCGUUUCCAGGCCAGAGACAUUUAUUACCUACCAUUCAAGGACCAGCUGGAACGGUUGUACACAGCCGGCCCCAGUGUACCUGCAGAAAGGGUUUCCCAGCUGCUUUCAUUCGCCACAACAAUGUGCUCCCAGGAAUCCUCCAAUCUCGGCCUUCCGGACUUCCCCGUGGACAACCUGCUUCCUGCCCUCCAAGUUCUGAACACUUUCCCCAUGCUGUCCUCCCAGCAGCUAAUCCAGAGACUUUACCCCUACAAGGAUAUCUUGAGCAAGGAUGGACACAAAGCUGUGGAGGGGGUGCUGGGUCGGUUUGAGCUUGCGGAUGCUCUCCGUCAGGCAGCACCCCUUGGUGUUUUGAGCGUAUCCAAGACAACGGAUGUUGAAGGCAGUGCAGAUGUCACUGUACGUGUUGCAGACAAGGACAUCACCUUUCAGGUUCCAUCAGGAACGAAAGAGUUGCGCCCGCCAAACAGCAGCCCCACCUUCAUCAACACCCCUAGCCAUUCCCAGCUGCUGGCCGAGAUGAUGCAGUCCCACGUGGUGAAGGACCUGUGUCUGAUAGGUGCCAAGGGUUGUGGCAAGUCGGUGAUUGCCAAAGAAUUUGCUGAGAUGCUGGGUUACAACAUUGAGCCUGUCAUGCUCUACCAGGAUAUGACAGCCAGGGACCUCCUGCAGCAGAGGUACACUCUCCCCAACGGAGACACGGCGUGGAGGCCGUCGCCUCUAGUCACAGCUGCCAUUGAGGGCAAGCUGCUGCUUCUUGACGGGAUACACAGGGUUAACCUAGGAACCCUGGCUGUCCUCUCCAGGUUGCUUCACGACCGGGAGUUGGAUCUGUAUGAUGGGACCAAGCUGCUGAGGUGGGACAGAUACCAGACACUCAAGGAGCAGCUGCAGCUGAGUGACCAGCAGCUGCAAGAGAGGUCAGUCUUCCCCGUCCACCCUUCGUUCCGAGUGCUGGCCCUGGCGGAGCCGCCCGUGGUGGGGGCCAGUCCGGCCAGCAGCAGCAGCAGCAGCAGAGGACAGCAGUGGUUGGGCCCAGAGCUGCUCACCAUGUUCCUGUACCACACCGUCACGCCGCUGGCCAAGGCAGAGGAGAUGGGCCUCAUACAGGGACUGUCUCCAAAUAUUCCAGCAGAGGCAGCAGAGCAGCUGCUGCAGCUCACGCACGCCCUCCGCCAAACAAAUGACCCCACAGCGCAGUCUCUGGCCUCAUCUCUCUCCACCAGGCAGCUCCUGAGGAUCUGUCGCCGCCUCUCCCAGUAUCCUGAGGAGAGCGUCGCCCACGCCGUCCACAAGGCUUGUCUCUCCAGGUUCCUGCCCAGCCUGGCUCGUGCCUCUCUGGAAAAAAGCCUCUCCAACUGCUCCGUGCAGGAAACUCUGGAUCCCGCUGAACACACUCGUGAUCAUCGCUGUGUGGUGGAAGACGGCGUGUUGACCAUCGGCAGCGUGUCGGCUCCCAUCUACAACCCCAACCAGAGGAUGAAGGUUCCUGACGUGCUCUUCUAUGAUAACCCGCAGCACAUGAUGGUGAUGGAGGACAUGCUGAAGGACUUUCUGUUGGGAGAGCACCUUCUCUUGGUGGGCAACCAGGGCGUUGGUAAAAACAAAAUAGUGGACAGGUUUCUGCACCUCCUCAACAGGCCCAGGGAAUACCUGCAGCUCCACAGGGACACGACAGUCCAGACUCUGACCCUGCAGCCCUCUGUGCGAGAUGGCGUCAUUAUCUAUGAGGACUCGCCCCUGGUGAAGGCAGUGAAGCUCGGCCACAUUCUGGUGAUUGAUGAAGCCGACAAAGCUCCCACGAACGUCACCUGCAUCCUCAAAACGCUGGUAGAGAGUGGAGAGAUGAUCCUAGCGGAUGGGCGGAGAAUCAUCUCGGAUCCACGGGAGGCCGAGGGGAGGCCCAACAUCAUCAUUAUGCACCCGGACUUCAGGAUGAUGGUCCUGGCUAAUCGACCUGGUUUUCCAUUCCUGGGAAAUGACUUCUUUGGAGCGCUAGGCGAUAUUUUUAGCUGCCAUGCUGUGGACAAUCCUAAGCCCCAGGCAGAGCUGGCGAUGCUGAAGCAGUAUGGCCCCGAUGUUCCUGACGCUACUCUGCAGAAACUGGUGGCUGCCUUCGGAGAGCUGCGGUCCAUGGCUGACCAGGGCACCAUCACUUACCCCUACUCUACACGGGAGGUGGUCAACAUCGUUAAACACCUGCAGAAAUUUCCCAACGAGGGUCUCGCCAACGUGGUGAGGAAUGUGUUCGACUUCGACUCGUACAACAAGGACAUGAGGGAGGUUCUGAUUGAGGCGCUGCACAAGCACGGGAUUCCCAUCGGAGCCAAGCCCACCUCUGUUCAUCUGGCAAAGGAGUUGCCCCUGCCAGAAGUCAGGAUGACAGGAUACUGGACCAUAAAUCAAGGCGGCAACGCUCGCCGCAAACUCCUCUGUCCUACUGAGACGCACCCCAUAGAGAUCAAGGGUCCUGUAUUUCUGCGUGUCCAGAGCUAUCCCUGCAGCAGACAGGAGAGCAGGGCGCUGAGUUUCACUGAGGAGAAAGCUCACUGGCAGAUCCCCAUGAAUGAAGUUAACAUCAUCUGCGACGUCACCGGCACAGAUGACACGCUCUACGUGGCCACGUGUAACCCGGUGACCCUGUACUCCAUGAAGGAGCGCGGGGAGACCAUUCAGUGCAUGGAGCUCUACGACGUCUUCCCCAGGACCAUCAGCGGCGUGUGGCAGCCUUUUGUUUCCGUCGCUCCGCUCGGGGGCCCUCUGGAUGGGCAGGUGGUUCUGCACGAAGAGCAGAGUAACACGGUGCUCCACUUGGACUUGGUGACUGGCGCCGUGCGGAGGCUCGCGUUGUCUCCAGACAGUGAUCAGACUUCCUCCAGAGCCUCCAACUGGUGGAGCAGCAAAGAACAACAGCAAGGACACAAGAUGUGUCGCGACUUUUCCCACAAGAACUGGCUUCUGUUCUACAAAGAGGACGGGAACCAGCUGGAGGUGCUGGACGUGCUGGAGGGAAGGGUUCACUCCAUUUCCCUCCCCAUCAACCUGAAGUCUGUCUACCUGGUGGCAGAGGACCGAUGGCUGCUGCUGGAGAGCAACACCAACAAGAAGUUCCUACUGACCAAGCCCAUGCACAUGGGAGCGGAGGACUCUGGCGUGUGUCAGCUCCACAGCAUCAACGAGGACGCUGUUAGCUCUGGCCACGGAGCCACUUCAGAUGUAGUGUCCAUACCCCACAUGCUGUCAAGUGAGCAGCUCCCCAACGAGAACCUCAGCGCAGCUCUGGGCCAGAAGAUUGUCUCCCCGAAUCGUUUGCUGGCCGACUCCGGCUCCUUCGCACAGAUCAUCGUGGGCUUCCCAGACCUGAUGUCGCCAAAUGAGGUGUACAGCUUCAAACGACCCGUCGACCUGUCGGCGAUGAAGAGCAGGGAAAGUGGGUCUCACAUGUUCUCCAGAGGUGGCAGUCUGAGCGGCUCGGCCAAACGGAGCAACUGUGUCAGCCUGCUCUCAGCCAACCAGGUGGUCCGAGCCAUUCCCCCCAACAAGGUGCCCCUGACGGAGAUCUACCCCAAAGAUGUCACUCCUCCAAUGACAGCAGCGUACCUGGAAGUGACUGAUCUGAACUCCAAAAAGCUCAAAUACGUUGCCGUCCCAAGGUCAAUGACUGUGUCGCCGUACACCAACUGGGUGUCCAAAGUGUCGGACAGUGACGUGCUCGUGGCGGCUCUCGGGUCUGGAAGCGUUGCCACGGUGGACAUGGGCGGCUACGUCCGGCUCUGGGAGACGGGUUUAGACACGCUGCAGCGGUCACUCAUGGAGUGGAGGAACAUGAUCGGAACAGAGGAUGGCAGACCCAUACAGAUCACGAUCCAGAGGGAGAGCGGACUGGACGUCUCUGCCCCAAAACAUGGCAAGGUGGAUCAGAACAAUGAUCCUCACGUCGGGGGAAACCAGUGGGCGGGAGGAACAGGCGGUAGAGACACUGCAGGGCUGGGAGGCAAAGGGGGCCCCUAUCGCCUGGACGCAGGACACAAGGUCUACCAGGUUUCCCAGGCCGAGAAAGACGCUGUCCCAGAAGAAGUCCGCAGGGCGGCCCGGGAAAUGGGUGAGAAGGCCUUCAAAGACAGGUUGAAGGAGAUUGACAUGAGCGAGUACGACGCUGAGACAUACGAGCGCUUCUCCAGCGCAGUGAGGAGGCAAGUUCAGUCACUGCGCAUCAUCCUGGACAGCUUACAGGCCAAAGGAAAGGAGCGGCAGUGGUUGAAGAACCAGGCUCUGGGAGAGCUGGAUGAUGCUAAGAUCAUUGACGGACUGACUGGAGAGAAGGCGAUUUAUAAGCGCAGGGGCGAACUGGAGCCAGAGCUGGGCAGUCCGCAGCAGAAGCCGAAGCGCCUGCGGGUGCUGGCCGACGUGUCGGGAAGCAUGUACCGCUUCAACGGCGUGGACGGCAGGCUGGAGCGCUCCAUGGAGGCCGUGUGCAUGGUCAUGGAGGCUCUGGAGAGCUAUGAGCACAAGUUCAAGUAUGACAUCAUCGGCCACUCGGGCGACGGCUACGACAUUGACUUGGUCACCACGAACAAAGUUCCCAAAAACGACAAGCAGAGGCUCCGAGUUCUCAAGACCAUGCACGCCCACGCUCAGUUCUGCAUGAGCGGCGACUACACCCUGGAAGCCACGGAGGUCAGCAUCAAGGAGCUGGCACGGGACGAGGCCGACGAGCACUUCGUGGUGGUGCUGAGCGAUGCAAACCUGGAACGCUACGGCAUCCGGCCCGAGCGCUUCGCCCAAGCCCUGACGUCCGACCCGCAGGUCAACGCCUUCGCCAUCUUCAUCGGCUCGCUCGGGGAUCAGGCUGAAAGACUUCAGAAGACCCUUCCAGCAGGGAGAUCCUUUGUUGCCAUGGACACCAAGCAGAUCCCCCGAAUACUGCAGCAGAUCUUCACCUCCACGAUGCUGUCCAGCGCCUGACACGAGCGCACGCCUCACAUCCGUUAAUCCCAGCGCCACACACAGCCAGAACGGUCUCCCAGCGUUUCCUCAGCGCCGUCCCUGGUCAUGUGAGAGGUACAGCUCUGCUUAUUGUUUUCCUGCAGCCUGCCAGGAGGCCGUGGCAGCGCUGCGCUUGCGUGAUAGACUUCAGUAGUGUUGGGUUGAUUUGUAGCACAUUAUGAAUGCCUGCAGCCCGUCUCAGGCUCCACGUGAGGAUCAAACGCAGCGCGACCCGUCGGUGUUUGCUGCGUAUGAGUCAGACAUGGAGCUGACGCACUCACACAAACACACGUCUUCUAAUUUGGGAAACAAACAACUUGACAGGAAGGCUUGUGAACUUGACAUGGACCUGCUUAUUUUGGAUUUCCUCAUUGUUCGUCAUCUGUCACAUAAAAACACUCGCACGCCCGCGGGAAGACACAAAGUUGGCCAGAUCUUGGAUGUGGAGCGACUUUGGAAUCCUGGAACCGUGACCGAGGAAUUUCCCACCUGACUGCACACGCUCUGUAGAGGCCGCGGCCGUAGCCCCGCCCCCUGCCUUGUUGGUCCGAGCCUGUAUUGUUGUGCAGCAUCUAUGUCAACAUGCACAAGCCCUUUCCUUCCUGGCCGCUGGACCUCGUGACGCCCUUUGAGCCCCGAGUCCUGCGAGGAAUCUCAGACCUCCUUUCAUUGCCAGAUCUCCCUCUGGCCUCCCAAACACACACACACACACACACACACACACACACACACACACACACACACCUCAGCUCCUGCUCGGCUGAUUAACAGAGAGCUGAGACUUGUGCCGCUUUAAAAGAGUAAAUGUGCAUACAGACCCGUGUCACGUGCCUCAAACUCAGCGUCAGUUUUCCCCUGACCAUCGCUGUCACCAUUUACGCCUCACAGGACUGAUGGGAUCAUAAUCGGCCUGUAUUGAUCUCUCUCUUUUUUUCUUAUUUCUCAUGCUGCGGAUCAUUUCAAAGCAGCAAAAGUGGGACAUUUUUCGCCUACAUUGUACGGUUACGUGUUCAAUUAUGUUCAAAUUUUGUUUAAGAGGCAUUAAAAUAUAUAUAUAUUCAGAUUUUAAUUAAGCUACUACAGUUAUUUUAAUAGUAAAUGGUUAUUAAUUUAUGGUGAGAUCAAAUGUAAAACUAAUGUAAAAACAUUUUAAUAAACUGGAA